UUCGUGGUGAAAGAUGUGAUCGUAUUGAUUGUUCAGCUGUUGAUACUUGACUGGCGCUAAGCUCUUUUCGGCCCAACUUUACCCAAGCAUGAAUCAUCAGCUUAUUCCCUCUACUUUUACUACUUCUUCUUUCCCCCAUCUUUUCACCUCAACAAUCUCAAUUCUUUCUACUCUUCAUCUCUCGUUUGAACAAUGGCUUCCUCUACCUUUCCGCCUCCCCCCGUCAGUUCCAUUGACUGGAACAAUGUCGGUUUUAAAGUCCGCGAUGUAAACGGCCACGUAGAAUGCCACUUCUCUCACAGCCAAGGCGGCAAAUGGAGCGCCCCCAAAUUCGUCGCCUCGCCCUACCUCGGCAUCCACGGCAUGGCCCCCGGCCUCAACUACGGCCAACAAGCCUACGAAGGCCUCAAGGCCUUCCGCCGCCCGGACGGGUCCAUCACCAUCUUCCGCCCAGACCGCAACGCCGUGCGCAUGCGUCGCUCCGCCGAAUUCAUCUCCGUUCCGCCCGUCCCCGAGGAACUCUUCGUCGAGAGCGUGAAGCUCGCCGUCGCAGCCAAUGCCGAGUUCGUUCCGCCGCAUGAAACCGGCGCCGCCAUGUACAUCCGGCCACUGGUCUUCGGCUCCUCGGCGCAGCUAGGUCUCUCGCCUCCUGACGAGUAUACCUUUGUGGUCUUUGUCAUGCCAACGGGCGUGUAUCACGGCGUGAACGCCGUUGAUGCCCUGAUCCUGGAGGACUUUGAUCGCGCUGCGCCGGAGGGCACGGGGUCAGCCAAGGUGGGCGGAAACUAUGCGCCGGUGUUGCGGCACAGCGGACGCGCGCAUAGCGAGGGAUUCGGCAUCACGCUGCAUCUGGAUAGUCGGACGAGGUCGGAGAUCGAUGAGUUCUCGACGUCGGCGUUCAUCGGCGUGCGGAAGGAUGCCUCGGGUGCUGUGACCCUCGUGCAGCCGGAUAGUAAGAACGUCAUUGACUCGGUGACGGCGGCAUCUGUUUGUGACAUUGGAGAGCGCGUGUUCGGGUUCAAGGUUGAGAAGCGCCGGAUUGCCUACGAGGAGCUCAAGGAGUUCAAGGAAAUUAUUGCUUGCGGGACGGCGGCUGCGCUGGUGCCGAUCCGGAGUAUUACAAUGCGGUCGCGGGGCGAUCGGCUUGCAUAUGAGGCGGGCGAGGACGGGCAGAGCGGUGGGGAUGUGUGCGUCAAGCUGCUGCAGACGCUGAAGGGAAUCCAAUCCGGCAAGAUCGAGGACAAGUUUGGAUGGACCUUCUCCGUGGAGAGGCCGCCGGCUGGCUGGGCUACUGCCGGUGGUGAGACCGAUCCAAGUGGUGUCAAUGUGCCAUGAACCAUGAUUUGCGUGACGGUGGGAAGUGAUCUGAUGGCAUGAGCUAAUUUCUGUAACAAUUUCCUACAUAGUAUAUUUCCUCCGGUAGCAUUGGUUCGAUAUAUCACAAAAAGUUCCCACAUUGCUUUUUGCCUUUCUCUUUUUCGGGGAGCCUUGGGAGACACGCUAUUAAUAGCCCACCAUAUCUGCGUAGUAAUCCACACUUUUCAGAAUACACUCCUACCUAAAGACACAGCAAAACCAAUAGCAAGCAAGAGCAAAAUACACCAAACCCAAUUACCGGAAAAAAAGAAUCCAAAAUGCCCAACACUAACCAGCCAAAACUCGGUACAUCAACCACGGAAACAAAACUACCCCCCAAAGGCCCGAACCGCGCCUUACUCUCGGGCGGUCAACCAAAAUAACAGAACC